CCUGGUCCUGCUCGGUGAGAGACGACGACGGCAUCAGCAGCCCUGCAUUCCGGGGAACACCAUGCAUCUUAGGCUGACGGCACGAGUGGAGGCUCUCAUCAUUACGUUUUCCUAUCUUUGAUUUUGACUUUCCUCUUUUAUUUUAUUUUUUUUUUAUUUUUUAUUUCUGUUGCGUCUUGUCUUCCUUUCCCCCCACCCCCCACCACCUCCUCCUUUUUUCACCCAAUCUCUGACGCGCAAGGACACUACAGCAUCCAUCCACGGCAGAAACGCUCACACAGAGCAUCCUCUGUACAGACGCACCAGCCAUCCUCCUCCUUCCUUUUUCUUCCUCCCACUCUCCUCUCCUCUUCUCUCGUUCUGUUCGAACCCAGAGGACAUCGGGACCCCCUUUCUAUCCCCCCUCCCCACUUUGCCCGGAGACAUGGAUCUAUGGUUUCUUUCGAUCCGGAUUUGCUGGUGGAGGGUUUUGUUUCUGAUGAGUGUUUUCCAGGACUAUCUGAGCUCCAUGCUGGACUGCCCGCUGACCUGCAGCUGCUCUCAAACAGAGAUCUUUUGCAAUAAGUCCGACAGCGGCAGAUUUUUCCCAUUACUCGUCCUGCAAGAUGGGAGCAAUGGGACCAACGUUGAUAUAGCGGAGUUAUUCAAAAACAUCACCUCUGUACACAUAGAGAACUGGACGGGAUUGCAGACUCUGAGAGACGUCGAUAUGGAGCUCUACACCGGACUACAGAGACUAACCAUCAUGAAUUGUAACCUGAAGGUGAUCCAGCCUCGAGCAUUUGCUCAGAACCCACACCUACGCUACAUAAACUUGUCGAAGAAUCCUCUCACCACUCUGUCAUGGCAGCUCUUCCAGCACCUCCAACUCUCCGAGCUACGUCUGGAUGGAGUGGUGUUCAACUGUGGCUGUGACAUCCGCUGGAUCCAGCUGUGGCAGCAGAGAGGGGAGGCGGGCCUUCACACACAGCAGCUCUACUGCAGGAACGGAGCCUCCAAAAUACGACUGCACAACAUGUACAUCCACAACUGUGAUUUACCGGAGAUAAGUGUGAGCCACAGCAGUGUGUUGGUGAUGGAGGGUGACAAUGUGACGGUGACUUGCAAUGGAACUGGAUCCCCGCUGCCUGAAGUGGACUGGACUGUCAGCGGCUUGCAGUCCAUCAACACACACCUGUCGAAUGUUUACUGGCCGAACAUCCACUCCAUCAACAUGACUCUCUUUAACAUCAGCCGAGGUGAUAACAACUUCCAGCUGACCUGCAUCGCAGAGAACGUGGUGGGGAUGACCAACUACUCCAUCCAGCUUAAUGUACAGUUUCCUCCAGUCAUCCUAAGACUGCUUGAGCCUGAUAAGCGCCUUCAUACCUGCAUCGAAUUCACGGUUCGUGGUUACCCUCGCCCCAAGCUGCGCUGGUUCUACCAACACAAGGAGAUUCAGCAAAACCAAUACAUCAGAACUGAAAUGGAUAGCUAUCAGGAUGAUCUGGAGGGCUGUCUAAUCUUCGAAAACCCAACACACAUCAACAACGGCAACUACACCUUGGAGGCUAGCAACCACCUGGGAACAGUCACUAAGACGGUAUAUGGUCACUUCCUCACACCUCCUGAUGAAAACGUGGAAAUAGAUCCACCACCAGACGGUGAUUCAGGCCGACAAGAUGAAGAUACAUUCGGGGUUACCAUUGCUGUGGGUCUGGUGGGCUUUGCUUGCGUCCUCCUCCUCGUUCUUUUCGUUCUCAUCAACAAAUACGGCCGACGCUCCAAAUUCGGUAUGAAGGGUCCUGUAGCUGUAAUCAGUGGUGAGGAAGACUCUGCCAGCCCGCUUCAUCACGUCAACCAUGGGAUUAUUACCCCAUGUACACUGGAUGCGGGCCCUGAUGCGGUUGUCAUAGGGAUGACUCGUAUACCUGUGGUGGAGAAUCCUCAGUACUUUAGACAUGGACACAACUGCAACAAGCCAACCACCCUCGUCCAACAUAUAAAGCGAAGAGACAUCAUCCUGAAAAGGGAACUGGGUGAGGGGGCGUUUGGUAAAGUCUUCUUGGCAGAGUGUUACAACCUCAGCCCCACCAAGGACAAGAUGCUGGUGGCUGUCAAGACACUUAAAGAUCCCAACCUGUCGGCCAGGAAGGACUUCCAGAGGGAAGCGGAGCUGCUGACCAACCUGCAGCACGACCACAUUGUUAAAUUCUACGGGGUGUGUGUGGAUGGAGAUCCGCUCAUCAUGGUGUUUGAAUACAUGAAGCAUGGAGACCUGAACAAAUUUCUGAGAGCCCACGGCCCUGACGCCAUGAUCCUGGUUGAUGGGCAGCCGCUGCAGUCCAAUGGAGAGCUGGGUCUUUCCCAGAUGUUGCACAUCGCCACCCAGAUUGCCUCAGGCAUGGUCUACCUGGCUUCCCAGCACUUUGUGCACAGAGAUCUGGCAACUCGCAAUUGCCUGGUGGGCAACGGCCUGCUGGUCAAGAUCGGAGACUUCGGCAUGUCAAGGGACAUCUACAGCAGUGACUACUACAGGGUUGGAGGACAUACCAUGCUACCUAUUCGCUGGAUGCCCCCGGAGAGCAUCAUGUACAGGAAGUUCUCCACGGAAAGUGAUGUUUGGAGCUUUGGAGUCAUCCUGUGGGAGAUCUUUACCUAUGGGAAACAGCCUUGGUUUCAACUUGGCAACAAUGAGGUUAUUGAGUGCAUAACCCAGGGUCGGGUGCUGGAGAGGCCACGGAUUUGUCCAAAGGAGGUGUAUGACAUCAUGCUGGGCUGCUGGCAGAGGGAACCACAGCAGCGACUGAACAUUAAGGACAUUCAAAAGGUCCUGUUCGCCAUGGGAAAAGCCACGCCGGUCUACCUGGACAUCCUGGGCUAGCAGCAACCCAGGCUGGCCCGUUCCUCGCCAGACAGAAAGAUCGACAGAGACAUAUAAGACAGAGCGACCCACAGGAAUCCAGGAAUAACCAAACCAACCUGCUCCACUGUCGAAAAACACCUGCUUUGUUUGGGAAGGACUUAAGUGCCUGCAACACUUUUGGAUAUAGUGGAUAAAACGUAUUAAAAAACAAAAAACAAAAAAAUAAAACAAACAAAAAACACGCACUUUUACAUUUUGUUUACUUGCAUAUAAGAUGUACAGGUUUAAAGAAUACUUUUUUUUUCCCCCCUCAAAAAAACUGCAAAAAUACACAAAAAUGGAGAACGAAUGGGGAGUGGGCUGGCAAUAGGAUAAUGGCCACAGUUUAAUGAUAUAGAAAAAAACACAUCAGAGUUUAAACCUAUUCUGGGUUUGGUUUUAUGAAUAUAAAUAGAAAUAUUACAUAUAUUUUAUAUUUAUUUCUUUUUCUCAAGGUGUUGAAGGGUCUGCCAUUUGUGUUGCUAAGGGCUCGGCCCUGUCGAAGACGCCACCAACAAACUAUUGGCAGGGACUUGCGAUGGAAGCCUUACUUGCUCUCUGAUUGGCUGGCACUGAGCUUUUAAAGGGAACUGUGGAAUAACACUGGAUGGUUGGAGAAAAAAAAGCAGCGCUCUGUAGAGGACCUACCCAAUCAGACAACCGACAAAUCUAUUUUAAUUUAAAAAUAAUGUACAUAUUGUAAAAUUCUACGUGUCAGAAUUAUGUUAACUUAUUUUUUCGGAUGUUACUUUGGUUCUUUUUCUGACUGUAAUCUGGGUGGCUAAAGUAUAAAGCUAUGGUCUUUGUUUUCAUCCUAAUCCAGAGGAGAUUUUCUCUUGGGAUUUACCCGUGUCCGUACUGGUUAAGUUGUCUAAUGUGGUGAAGGUGAAUGACAGUGAAUACAGUUCAAACAGCCCACUGACACCAAAUCACAGACUUUGGAGAAUGUGGGAUGACUCAGAGCCAUGGUUCAACAUCAUACUUUCCAAAAAGGUGAUGAAACCUCAUUUUCACUUUCCAGUUCAUUUGCUUUUUAUAGCAGGAAUAAUGAGUUGAUAAGUAAUAUCUCACACCACACCCCAUUCAAACACAAACACAUGCUUUGUUCAUUUUCAAGCUUUUUGGUGUGAAACUGCUAAAGAAAAACAUUUUUGUAGCUCUCGACAUAUUCAUCAUUUGUUUGUCGCAGGUGUGUUUCCUUUAUGUGUUAAAGGAGUAGUUUGAUGUUUUUGGAAAUUUGACUAUUUGCUUUCUUGCUGUGAGUUAUGAACACUUAUAUUAGUAGGCUAAACAAACUGCAGCUACUGCCAGGAGACAGCAAAUUUAGCUUUACAUAAAGAUUGGAAACAGGCGAUAAGCCUCACACAGUGAAGCCUCCUUUAGUGAAGCACAUGACAUUUAAAAUAUUGCAAAUACAAGUUCAAAUCUUAAAUAUGGCCUUUCAAUGCUAAGAUUUUUUUCCUCAUUAAAAUAUUACAUAUUAAAAAAAGAUUGAGAUGUUUUAAAAACAAUCUUAUAUUUUAAACUUGGUUCUUCUGUUCAAAAUACGAAAAGCUUUCAAUUCUGCCACUCUAAGGUGAAUUUCAGAACUUUCUCAUACCAUAAAAAAUUAAACUUAAUUUCAGACUUAUAUUAUUUGUCAUUACAUCUUAAUUCCAGUUGUAUAGGGCUGUAUGUGUGAAAGCAAAGAAAGUGGAUGGAUGAAUCUGUCAAAAAAUGAUUCAUUCAGUUGCAGCCAUUAGUAACUGAACUUUCAGUUGAAUAAAAAUAAUCUGAUUCGAUGAUUGAAGCGCCAUAUUGAAUGCAGGGCAACAGUUUACAUACUGAAUGUGCAGAAGAUGACGGCACAUCUAUGCUCGAUGCAAAAGACGGACGUGCAGACGGACCGUUUUGUCUGUUUCCUGUGUCAGUUACGCGUUUAAUUCGGUCCAUUUUCACAGAGCUUUCACAUGCGACCAGCGAAGAAACAAACCAGGAAAGGGGAGAAUCAGGAAUGGAACAAAAAAGCAGAAGAAGAAUGAAUACGAGGACAACAACUUUAGAAACUGCCCGAGUUUUUGAAGAAAGAUUACAUGUGAGUGUUUAGGGCAGGUUGGGUAGUUGGGAAAGACUUUAUAGUGAAGCAUUACCACUGCCAACUGAUGUCUGUACUGCCCACUAGUGGAGGAAUUACCUCAACAACCAUGGCAAAAGACAAAAGAUGCAUAGAAGUAUGAGGAUGGUGA